GGAGCACGAGGUCUGACGCUCCGAUGCUCAGCAAGUUCGCGCUCCGCGCGGCGCCGGCCCUGCGCCAGCCGGCGCGGCGCCAAUUCAUGCUCUUCGGCGAGGGCCCGCCGAAGGGCUUCGGCCAGUUCUUCCCCAAGGGCGCCGGCAAGGGCUCGGGCUCGUCGAAGACCGGCGGUUCGUCGUCGAAGAAGGCCGGCGGGGCGUCGAAGAAGGCGUCCGCCGGCGGGGGCGGCUCCGGGGGCGGCUCCGGCGGCCCCGGCGGCGCGCCCGAGCUCGGCCCGCGCGUCGUGUCCGCGCUCGCGGCCGUCGGGCUGCUCGGCGUCUGGCUGAGCUCGCGCGAGUCGAGCGGCACGGAGAUCAACUGGCAGGAGUUCGCGACGGUGCUGCUGGAGUCGGGCGAGGUGGACCGCAUUAUUGUGACGAACAACAAGGUCGCCGAGGUGCUCCUGCGGCCCGGCGCGCGCGUCGGCGGCGCCGUCGGCGCGGCCGCCGCCGGCGAGCGGCCCGUCGCCGUCGACGCGGCGCCCGAGAACACCUACGGCUGGCAGUCCAACGGCGGCGCGCCCGAGGAGCCCAGCGCCGAGGAGAAGCCCCCGGGGGGCUUCCAGCGCUACCCGCGCAUCGGCGGCAGCGGGCCGACGUCCGCGCCGAGUUACCACUUCGCCAUCGGCUCCGUGGAGAUCUUCGAGCGCAAGCUCGAGGCGGCCCAGCGCAACCUGGGCAUCGAGCCCCGCGACUUCGUGCCCGUGCAGUACGUGAGCGAGACGAACUGGGCCGCCGAGGGCGCGAAGUUCCUGCCGACGCUCUUGAUCAUCGGCGCGUGGCUCUACGUCAUGCGGUCCGUGGGCGGCGGCUCCGGCGGCGGCGGCGGCGGCAUGUCCAACAUCUUCCGCAUCGGCCAGUCCAAGGCGAAGAAGAUCAAGAAGGAGGACGUCUCCGUGACCUACGCGGACGUCGCCGGCGUCGACGAGGCGAAGAAGGAGGUCAUGGAGUUCGUCGAGUUCCUCAAGGACCCGGAGCGCUUCACGAAGCUCGGCGCCAAGAUCCCCAAGGGGGCCCUCCUCUGCGGCCCGCCGGGCACGGGCAAGACGCUUUUGGCGAAGGCGACGGCGGGCGAGGCGAACGUGCCGUUCUACAGCAUCUCGGGCUCGGAGUUUGUGGAGAUGUUCGUCGGCGUCGGGCCGUCGCGCGUGCGCGACCUCUUCAAGGAGGCGCGGGCGAACCAGCCCUGCAUCAUUUUUAUCGACGAGAUCGACGCCGUCGGCCGCCAGCGCGGCCGCGGCGGCUUCGCGGGCGGCAACGACGAGCGCGAGAACACGCUGAACCAGCUCCUCGUGGAGAUGGACGGCUUCAACGAGUCGUCGAACAUCGUCGUCCUCGCGGGCACGAACCGCGCCGACGUCCUCGACAAGGCGCUCACGCGGCCGGGCCGCUUCGACCGCCAGAUCACCGUCGGCGCGCCCGACAUCAAGGGCCGGAAGCAGAUCUUCGAGGUCCACCUCAAGGGCCUGAAUUUGGCGGGCCCGCCGGCCGACUACGCGGGCCGCCUCGCGGGGCUGACGCCGGGCAUGGCCGGCGCGGACAUCCAGAACGUCUGCAACGAGGCCGCGAUCGUCGCCGCGCGCCGCGCGGCCGAGUCGGUGUCGUACGCGGACUUCGAGGCCGCCGCGGACCGCGUCAUCGGCGGUUUGGAGUCGAACAAGAUCAUGACGAAGCAGGAGAAGGAGAUCGUCGCCUUCCACGAGGCGGGCCACGCCGUCUCGGGCUGGUUCCUCGAGCACGCGGACCCGCUUUUGAAGGUCACGAUCGUGCCCCGCGGCUCCGGCGCGCUGGGCUUCGCGCAGUACCUGCCCAAGGAGAUCGCCCUGCGCACGCGCGAGCAGAUCGUCGACGUCAUCUGCAUGGCCCUCGGCGGCCGCGCGGCGGAGGAGCUCACCUUCGGCGACGUGACGACGGGCGCGUCCGACGACCUCCGGCGCGUCACCCAAAUGGCCUACGGCAUGAUCCGCGACUACGGCAUGUCGGGCAACGCCCGCGUCGGCCAGCUCGCCUUCCCCCAGUCCGGCGACCCCAUGGAGCAGCGGCCCUACAGCGACGCGACGGCCCAGGCCAUGGACGAGGAGGCGAAGCUCAUCGUCGACGAGGCCUACGAGCGGACGCUCGCGCUCCUCGCGGACAAGCAGGAGCAGCUCGCGGCCCUCGCGGGCCUCCUCAUCGAGCACGAGACCAUCAACCACGACGACAUCGUCGGCUGCCUCGGCGCGCGGCCCUUCGACACGAACAAGCAGUACGACGAGUUCAUCACCGCGCGCGCGGCGGUCUCCGAGGUCGCCGACGGCGCGCCGGACGCCGAGGCGGACGCCGAGGAGGAUCUCGACGCCCCGCCCCCGGGCGAGAAGGUCGACGGCGUGCCCCUCUCGCCCGCGUAGAUCCCCGGCCUAAAAAGGACCUCGCCUCG